AUGUUGUCGAGCUUUUAUCAUGAUUUUGUAGUGGAAAUAGUCUGCAAGGCGCAAAAGGCAGAAGAAGCAAGGGAUAGGAAAGAAGCAUGCAUUCUUACAGUGCCGAUGGCGAUAGUAGGCGAAAGCACCAAAUUCUACCAUCCCACCAUGGUAACAAUUGGCCCUUAUCAUAAUUACUCUCAUUCAUAUCAUGGCAAGAAGGCAGACGAGUCACUCACAGAGAAAGAAAAGGAGCGGAGGAAGCAGCUAGAAGGAAUGGAAUCGGACAAGUUGUUAGCUACAAGAAGAUUUUGGAAGCUUUCCGAUGACCACCUGCACAAGCGAAAGCUGCAGGCGAUUGUAGAGGUAUGUGAGCGGAAGAAUGUAACGGAUAAAUACGACAGAGAUUUAUCGUAUAUCGCGAAAAAGAAGCUUGCUGAGAUGUGCUUUGUAGAUGUGGCGUUCCUGCUGGAGUUCCUCAACACUUUUGUUAUGGGAUUCAAUCGACACGAGGAGAGUAGCGGCGUCACCAACAACAUUCCGCCAGUUUACAAUGGAUGGGACGAUGCCUCUGCACACGUAAGUUCCAUUAAUCCCAUUUUCUAUGAACGCAGUAACAAUCCGGUGCUCUUCGCCAUUUUAAUGGAUGUGAUGAAACUGGAGAACCAACUGCCAAUGGUGGUUCUUGAAAAGGCAAUGGAGAUAACCGAGAAAAAGACCCUGCUGGAGGCUUUGCUCCGCCAUCUGUGCUGUCAUAUUUCCCCUAUAAAGUCCCAAUUCCCAUGGCCUUGUAAUAGCACUCUCAAUUUGGUUGGAUGCAAGCACCUUGUGGAUUGCUUACGCCUUACGCUUGUCUCUAAGCAUUCUUGGCAUUCCUAUAAGAAGCAUUUAAAGCUGCCGUCGUCAAACUCUGAGUCUUCUGCAACCGAAUGUGAUUGCAGAUCCCCUGUGCUAAAGUUUUUAUAUUGUAUUUUCAGUCCUUGUAUCAGAAAAAAGGAAAUUCCUGAGAUAAGCGAUGAAAGGUAUCUUCCAUACGGUGCCGCCAAACUUAAGAAAGCCGGAGUGGUGUUCCAAGCAAUGGAACACGGCGGGAUCCAUGAUAUCUCUUUCCAGAAGGAGACUGGCAAGCUGCUCCUUCCACAGAUUGAUGUUGGAGUGUGGACGGAAGCAAUUUUGAGAAAUUUAUUGGCAUAUGAGGCAUGCUAUAAAAGUGGAAGCAGUGAGAUUUUGGAGACGAGUAGCGACGAAGAUCAGAAAUUAGUCACUCGAUUCGUUCUGUUCAUGUCCCAGUUGGUGGAAACGGAAAAAGAUGCAGACGUUUUGAGAGAGGAGAAAAUCAUUCAGAACAAUCUGGGUGACAGCAAAGAGGUGGCCAGGAUGUGGAACGAUAUGAACAGUUCAAGAUGGAUACCGAAAUGCAAUCAAUUUGAUGAUAUCACUAGGGAACUGAAUGGGUACAUCGGCCAACAAUGGGUUGUCUGGUUCGCUGAAAUAUGGGAGCAGUACUUCUCAAAGCCAUGGCUCGUCUUGGCCGUCAUUGUAGCGAUUAUUGUCUUUGCACAAACUGUCGUAAGCCUGUGGGCCACAAUGAAGGGCGGCAGUUAA